GUAAACUGUAGGCAGAGAGGGAGAAGAGGAUAUAUAUAUUCUGAGGGGGGUGGCGGUGAACCUGCAGAGUAUGUCAAGAUGCACAUCAAGCAGGUGGUUAUAGAGGGUUUCAAGAGUUACAAAGAUCAAAUAGCAACUGACACCUUCAGCCCAAAGCACAACUGUGUCGUUGGCGCCAACGGAUCAGGGAAAUCCAACUUUUUUCAUGCGAUUCGUUUCGUUCUGAGUGACGUAUUCCACACCCUCCGAGCGGAAGAUCGCCAAGCACUCCUCCAUGAAGGUUCAGGGAACCAGGUCGCAUCAGCAUUUGUUGAGAUUGUUUUCGACAACAGCGAUGGAAGGAUACCGGUGGACAGAGAAGAGGUGCGACUUCGACGUACCAUAGGAGUCAAGAAAGACGAAUAUUUUCUCGACAAGAAACACGUAAACAAAAGUGAAGUAAUGAACCUCCUAGAGAGUGCAGGGUUUUCCAAGUCCAAUCCAUACUAUGUUGUGCAGCAGGGAAAGAUUGCUUUCUUGACGACAAUGCGAGACACUGAGCGAUUGGAUCUUCUUAAGGAGAUUGGAGGAACCCGUGUUUACGAAGAGCGUCGCCGAGAGAGUCUGAAGAUCAUGCAGGACACAGAGAAUAGGAGGAAUCAGAUCAUUGAGGUGGUAAGGUUCAUUGAGGAGCGAUUAAAAGAGCUCGAAGAAGAAAAGGAGGAGCUGAAGAAGUACCAACAGCUAGACAAGCAGCGGCGAUCGCUUGAGUACACACUUCAUGACAAGGAACUCGCGGAUACGCGACAGAAACUGGAGGAGGUAGAGGAGAGCAGGGUGCGUGCUUCACAGGAGUCGGGCUCAAUGCAUAACAGUGUGAGGGAGGCACAUGAGAAGUCAAAGGCGAUUGAAAAAGACUUGAAAACCAUGUCGAAGGAGGGUGAUAUUGCCAAGGAGGCGGUGGAGUUGGAGGAGGAAGUCAAGCGGUCUUCUGAGGAUCUUGCUCAAGUGACCCCUGAGCACGAGAUGUACUUGGAGAAGGAGCAGGAAAUAAUUAAGGGGUGAGUGAACGUACUAAUCAACCGGAGUGAUGCCCCCCCAGAAUA